ACGCUAAAGAAAUAGAAAAUGUGCUAAACUUUCAUUGUUUGUGAUUAUUUUCGCAUAUGUAAUAUUUCUCAAACUGUGACAGGCAUCAAUAAGAGUGAAAUGGAGUUAAACGAUAGCAACUUGCAGACAUUGUCUGGAUACCUGAUGCAAACACUGUCGCCUGAUGCUGCAGUGAGGAGACCAGCUGAAAAGUUUUUGGAGUCGAUAGAAGGAAAUAAAAAUUACCCCCUUCUCCUUCUUCACUUGGUCAACAAGCAGGACUUGGAUUUAAGUAUAAGAACAUCCGGAGCAAUUGUCUUCAAAAACUUCAUAAAGCGCAAUUGGGAGAUCGUUGAUGACCAAAACAAGAUUCACGAGGAUGACCGCGCCAGCGUGAAGGCUUUCAUUGUUGACUUGAUGCUUGGAUCUCCCCUCAACAUACAAAAGCAGCUAAGCGACGCAAUUUCCAUCAUUGGCAAAUUUGAUUUCCCCAAUAAAUGGACUGACCUCCUGAGCAAACUCACUACUAAGUGCGAGACUGGCGACUUCAAUAUUAUAAAUGGAGUCAUGCACACUGCCCAUUCACUUUUCAAACGAUACAGAUACGAGUUUAAAUCACAAGAACUCUGGAUGGAAAUCAAGAUGGUGCUGGAUGGAUUUGCGCCAACACUGACAGACUUGUUCAAUAAAACUGUUGGACUAACUGCUGCGCACAAAGACAAUCUCGUUGCAAUGAGAACACUCUACAGCUCUUUGACCAUAAUGUGCAAAGUUUUCUGCUCUCUUAACUCUCAGGACUUACCUGAGUACUUUGAAGACAACAUUGCUCUGUGGAUGGGUCAUUUUCAUACUUUGCUGGUUGUGCAGGAGCCAAGCCUUGAAACUGAUGGCGAUGAAGAGGUUGGGAUCAUGCAGGAAUUGAAAUCUCAAAUAUGCGAUAAUAUUGCCAUGUAUGCUCGAAAAUAUGAUGAAGAGUUUGGCGCCUACCUACCUGGAUUUGUCACAGAUAUUUGGGGGUUGCUCAUAUCCUUAGGCCCUCAACCAAAAUAUGAUUUGCUCGUGAGCAACGCCCUGCAAUUCCUCGCAUCGGUGGCUGAUCGUCCCACUUACAGCAAACUCUUUGAAGACACAAAUGCUCUCACCAGCAUUUGCGAGAAAGUCGUCAUUCCAAACAUGGAAUUUAGAACAUCAGACGAGGAACUGUUUGAGGACAACCCCGAAGAGUACAUCAGGAGGGAUAUUGAAGGCUCUGACGUGGACACCAGGAGAAGAGCUGCUUGUGACUUGGUGCGAGCGCUCUCUCAUCACUUUGAAGCCAAAAUGACGGAAAUUUUCUCUGCCUACGUCAUGGCCAUGCUGGCCAAGUAUGAGCAGAACCCUGCCACCAACUGGAAGUGCAAGGACUCUGCCAUUUACAUGGUCACAUCUCUCGCUGCCAAGGGCCAGACGCAGAGGUCAGGGAUCACGCAAAUCAACGAGCUGGUCAACCUGACUGAUUUUGCAUCAAAGUAUAUAAUACCUGAGAUUGACAAUGCUGACGUGAACAAGAUACCAGUCAUCAAAGCAGACUGCGUCAAGUACCUCAUGGUCUUCAGGUCUCAGCUGCCAGGGCAGAUCAUGCUGGGAGUAGUUCCGAGGCUGAUCAAUUUGCUUGGAUCUUCUUCUCCUGUUGUGCACAACUAUGCUGCGAUCACAACUGAGAAAAUCCUUCUCCUCCGUGGACAGAAUAACGGACCUCUGGUCACCUCUGAUAUGCUUGCACCUGUUGCUGGGCAACUGUUCAAAAACCUCUUUGCUUUGACCAGCAUCGCUGGUGCUGAAGAGAAUGAGUACGCUAUGAAAGCUUUGAUGAGAAGCAUUUCAACACUUCAGGGAAAUGUCAUGCCUUUCUUACCUGAAAUCUUGACAAAAUUGACUGAAAGGCUGAGAAUUACAGCGCGCAAUCCAAGCAAACCCCACUUUAACCACUAUCUCUUUGAAACUCUAAGCCUGGCAAUCAGGAUUGUCUGCAAAUCCAAUCCAGGGGCCGUUCCGAGUUUUGAGGACGUUCUGUUCCCUAUCUUCCAAGAAAUCUUACAAGCAGAUGUUCAAGAAUUUGUCCCGUACGUGUUCCAGCUGCUUUCCCUUCUGCUGGAAUUGCGCCCAUCUGGCACUAUUCCUGACUCAUACAUGGCACUCUUCCCCUGUCUGAUGAUGCCAGUGUUGUAUGAGCGUCCUGGAAAUAUUGGACCUCUGAUUCGGCUUCUCCAAGCGUUCGUUAGCAGGGGAGCAGCUCAAAUUUCCUUAGAUCAAUUGCCCCCACUUCUAGGAAUUUUCCAGAAGUUGAUUGCGUCCAAAGCAAAUGACCACGAAGGUUUUUACCUGGUGCAAACCAUUUUUGAGCAUUUCCCUCAAUCUGCGCUGGAGAAGUACAUCAAGCAGAUAUUCAUAAUUCUUUUCCAACGCUUGUCCUCGUCAAAGACUACAAAGUUCAUCAAAAACCUGAUUGUAUUUUUGUGCCUCUUCUCCAUCAAAUAUGGUACUGCUAAGACGGUGGAACUCGUCGAUAGUCUGCAGCACCAGAUGUUUGGCAUGGUGUUGGAAAGGAUCAUCAUCCCAGACUUGCAGAAGGUUUCGGGAACGAUGGAGAGGAAAAUUGCUGCAAGUGGCGUUAUUGCCCUCUUGUGCAACUGUCCACCACUCAUUGAGGGAUCUUAUUCUCAAUUCUGGGCUCCUACCCUAGAGGCAUUGCUGAAAUUAUUUGAACUACCUGAAGAUGAAAGUCUGCUCCCUGAUGACCACUAUAUUGACGUUGAGGACACUCCGGGAUACCAGGCAGCCUAUUCCAGACUCGCUUUCGCUGGUGACCGGGUCCAAUCAAAUAUUGCAGACAUUGACAACCCCCAGUUGCAUUUGGCCACUUGUCUCUACAAGCUGACAGCAGCCCACCCUGGCAGGUUUGGCCCAAUCAUCUCUCAGGGAUUGCAGGCUGAUGCCCAAAUGGUUCUUAACCGCUAUCUUCAGUCAGCAAAUUUAUCCUUGUGUUGAUGUGUCAAGGGACUGGAGACUUUUGUUAUUAAAUCAUCCAUUAUAAGCUUA